AUGAAUGCUGAUGUAAGGUCUGUUUAAUUGACUGAAAUAAGUCCUCCACUCACCGCCUUAAAACCUAGAAAGGACGCUUUUAAUAAUCCUAUUUUAAAGGGAAAUAACUCCCAUAAAGUGAUUUUUAGAGAUCAAGCAAACAAUGGUCCAUUAUUCGAAAUUCACAUAGUUGAAAAUUUCAAAGAAUAUAAUUUGGAGGAACCACAAAUGAACAAAAAAACUCAAAUUUGUGACUGCACAAUAAUUUGA